UGUCGAGCACUAGAAAAGGCAGCACUGGUGCUAGUAGUACAUGUGACAAGAGUAUCUUGCUGCCAGUGUUAAGGAACAGAAUUUAGAACACUAUAUUUAUUUUUAUUUCUUUAAACAAUUUCAGGCACACAAUGGGUCUGUGGAAUUCCAUUAGGUACUACAAUACAGUUAAAUACUUGCAGAUUAAAAGCAAAAAACUGGCAUGCCUGAAAUGGAGUAUACACGGAAUCAUUUUCAUAUCGAUCUGUGUCAUCCUGUUUUGGAAAAAGGAAUACCAGGAAAACAGUCACCUUGUCAGCUCGGUGACCGCGAAAGUGAAGGGCGUGGCAGUUACCAAUGACUCUGAGCUGGAGAUAGUAUUAUGGGAUGUCGUCGAUCACAGUAGUUUAUCACAGGGGAAGGACUCCUUUUUUGUUGUUACUAAUGCAGUAGUCACAAAGAAUCAAACUCAAGGAAACUGUCUGGAGGGACCAGACUCUGGAACAAUAUGCAGCUCAAAUGAGGAUUGCACAAAGGAAUAUACUAACCAGAAGAGUAAUGGGGAUCCGACUGGCCAAUGUGUUGAAUUUAACUCAUCAGUAAAAACCUGUGAAGUGUUUGCCUGGUGUCCGAUCGAGGGAAUGAGGAAUGCUUCCAAACCUGCUGUUUUGGAAUCAGCAGAAAACUUCACCGUCUUUAUUAAAAACAACAUUGGAUUCAUUAACUUCAAUUACACAAAGAGAAACAUCUUGCCGGAUAUGAACGAAACCUAUCUAAAACAGUGUAUGUUUAACCGAAAGACAGACCCAUACUGCCCGAUAUUCCGCCUGGGAAAUAUUGUCCAAGAAGCCGGGGAGAAUUUCACAGAAAUGGCUGUUAAGGGAGGAGUGAUAGCAAUACAGAUUAACUGGGAAUGUGACCUGGAUUGGCUGCUUCACAAGUGUGUCCCGGAGUACAGCUUUCGAAGACUGGAUGAGAAAAACGACAAGAAGACCCUAUUCCCUGGCUUCAGCUUCAGGUUUGCAAGAUACUAUAAACAGAAUGGAGUGGAAGAGCGCACAUUGUUCAAGGUGUAUGGAAUCCGGUUUGAUGUCAUGGUGACUGGAAAGGCUGGAAAAUUCAGUCUAAUUAAGCUGAUUACAUACAUUGGAUCCACACUCGCCUACUUCGGUAUGACAAUAAUCGUGGUUGACUUCCUCCUUGCAAACUACGUUCAUCCCAGUUGCUGCAAAAAAGAGGUCAAAAGUUACUAUACUGGGAAGAAAUAUGAAACUGUGGAAUAUCAGUUAGAGAUGAGAGACGUCAGCAACAGAGAAGGUCAGGAUUGUGAAUCCAGCCCUUAGUGCAUUUUUAUACUGUGUUUAUUGCUGUUGUUGUUAUUUUAACAUGUAUUGUGCACACAGUAUAUUUUUUAUUGCUAAUCAAAGGCAGAUAGUUAAUUCAGUUUUGUUCUGACAGCAGUUUUCAUAAACUGAUGCUUUGCAACACUUUUGUAUCACGCUGAAAUUAAUAAAAAU